UGAAGUCAUGCACAUAAAUUAAACCAAGUCUUGAAAUUAAGACUUGCGUCCUUGCUUUCUCUCUUUCUUAUUUCCUUGCCACCAGUACACUCCGCUUCCCCUGCAGUCACUCUCUCUCUCUUCUUUUCCCUAGAACGCUCCCACGCUGCAGAUUUUUUGGGAGUGAAAAAUAUUUCAUCUUUAAUAGCACUCUCCUAGCUGAGCCACCUCAACUUGUUACUCCUCACUACCUAAGCAAUCCGUACUUGUUUUUUCUUAUUAUCAUCACAAAUCCAGCGAAACCCAGAAGCCUUUGAGAUUCAUAGACCCUUUCCUUUCCUCUGCUAUCUGUUGAUAUUGACAAGCUCCAAAAGAUUUCAUUUUUUGCACUAAUCUGCCUGAACAAGCUCUCCACAAAUCUCUACACUGUUGCUAUAAUCUGUACUUGUCUUCUUUCUCUGUUUUUUUCCCCAUUCUUACAUGCCCAGAAAAAACCAGAAGCUUAGAGUGUAUGAGCUUUUCUGGGGCCCUUUUGCUUGAUAGUUGAUAUCGACAAGUUCCAAUGCACUCAGAACCUCUCUGACCAUCAAAUGAGUUUUUGGGUAUCUCUCAUCUCUUUCUCUUGGGGGGUGGAGAGUGAAUGGGGUGUAUGUUGUCUCAGUUAGCGGCGAAAUUUGCCUUCUUUCCGCCGUCUCCUCCGACGUACCAGCUCAAGAAGCGAGAUGACGGCAAGCUCACGGUGGUAUCACCCUCGUCGCCGGCGGUGUCUAUUUCUCACGCCGACGACAAUUCCUUGGACGUUUUGUUGGUCGACACGAAACAUGGGAACAAGAUUGUAGCUUUUUAUCUGAGGAACCCAUACGCUCGCCUCACUCUGCUCUACUCUCAUGGCAAUGCUGCUGAUUUGGGUCAACUCUACGACCUAUUCGUGCAACUCAAGGUCAAUCUUAGAGUUAAUCUCAUGGGAUAUGACUAUUCUGGCUAUGGGGCUUCUACUGGGAAGCCUAGUGAAUCCAAUACAUAUGCUGACAUUGAGGCAAUAUAUGAAUGCCUUGAGACCCAAUAUGGAGUGAGCCAAGAAGACUUAAUCUUGUAUGGACAAUCAGUGGGAAGUGGGCCAACUCUGCACUUGGCAUCUAAACUGCCAAGGUUGAGAGGUGUCGUUCUACAUAGUGGCAUUCUUUCUGGACUCCGUGUGCUCUGCCAUGUGAAGUUCACACUUUGCUUUGAUAUAUACAAGAACAUAAACAAAAUAAAGAAGGUGAAGUCUCCAGUACUGGUGAUACAUGGCACAGAAGAUGAUGUGGUCAAUUGGUUACAUGGCAAUGGAUUGUGGAAAAUGGCAAUGGAACCCUAUGAACCGUUGUGGAUCAAAGGAGGCGGACACUGCAACUUGGAGCUUUACCCUGAUUACAUUCGCCAUCUCUGCGGAUUUGUUCAAGAAAUGGAGAGCAUGACAACAGAGAAGCGCCUCAAAAAAAUCAGGCAAAGCAUCGAUCUGCAAUCAAGAUCUACCUAUGGCUCCACCUGCAGAUGCUGCGGAAUGAACUGCUGUAGAUUGAAAUGUCCAGAAUGCUCAGAUUGUAGCUGCAUAAAAUGCUCCUGCUCCUUCAAUUGUCUUGCAUGCUGCAGAAGACCAAGUUGCUCCAAAUGUUGCCAAGUACCCAAAAUAAGCUGCUCCAACUGUUGCCAACUACCCAAAAUGAGCUGCUCCAAGUGCUGCCAACUACCCAAAACAAGCUGCUGCAAGUGCUGCCAACUCCCCAAAAUAAGCUGCUCCAAGUGUUGCCAAUUACCCAAAAUAAGCUGCUCCAAGUGUUGCCAAUUACCCAAAACAAGUUGCUUCAAGUGUUGCCAAUUACCCAAAAUAAGCUGCUCCAAGUGUUGUCAAUUACCCAAAAUAAGCUGCUCCAAGUGUUGUCAAUUACCCAAAAUAAGCUGCUUUAACUGCUGCCAAUUACCCAAGUUCUCAAAUUGUUUGGGCACAAAAUGCUGGAGACCAAGCUGUUGUUGUUGUGGGGAAGGUUCAUCAACUGUCUGCUAUCCAAAUUGUCCAAGGCCAAGGUGCUGCUGGAGCAUGAGAUGUUUCUGUUGGCAGUGUUGUGUGGGAAAACGUGGUGGAAAAUAGAAUGGUUAAUGGUGGUUUCAUGAUUUGAUUUGUAUAGAGGACAAGCCUUGCUUGCUAACAAUCUUCAAUACUCUCCAGCAAUGUACAAAACAAGUCAGGUCGGGAAGGAAUGACAAUUGUAGAAAAAUCAUAUGUCCUCUAUUUUGUUUCUUUUUAAUCAGUAGUUCUGAUAAAUUAUUGGGGAUUUUUAUCUCUUUAGAAACUUGAUGUUUCUCUUGUAUUACCGGCAGCUGAUGAAUGACCUGAUUGUUUCUUCCGAUUUGUAGCCA